UCUGACGCCCACUUGCACUUCAUCGCUCCACAAGAGGGAUGGCGGCUUAAUUUCUGCCACACUUCAAUAAAUUAUAAGUUAUAUUUUAUUAGGCUAAAGUCAAUGAAUUGGUUUGGUUUUGGUUUCAAUGGUUUUGGACAGAUAGUCCCCAGACGAAAGGGUGAAAAAGAUGAAGACACCGCUAAAGUGCUCAGCCCAGUCGCGCUGGGAAGUUUGUGCAGUUCUUCUGAAGGCAAAACAAGUUUGAGCCCAAAAAAUAAGUCAGAAACAUCAGAGCACAAAAUCAAAGUUGUUGCAAGUUGGAGCCAGAGAGCUGCCGUCCUCAGAGAUGGUGACCCACAUGUUUGCAUGUCAGGGUUCAUAAGUGACCCAGAUGAAGAACACAGAGGACUCGCUAAAGAGAGUAAAGGAUGUGUGGAUGCUGUCAUCAGUGAGAGAUAUCUAACCCUCAGCUUUGCUGACCGAGUGGAGUCCUGGAGCUUGAAGCCCAAUGGAAAUGCACUUGUUUGGAGUGGGGUAAAUGGGGUACAGGACACCUCUGACACUGGUCCCACAGUAACAUUACCGCUGGUGCCGGGUGGAUACAUAGCAUCAAAGCCUCCAUUUUUUCGACCCCUUUCUCCUGAACUGCGUGCUGUGAGCCUGGCACUGGGCACUGAGCAUGCUGUCCUUCUGACGUCCUCUGGCAUUGUCUACAGUUGGGGGUCUGGCAGCCAUGGCCAGCUGGGUCAUGGCAGUCUGGUUUCAGAGAAUGAGCCUCGAGCGCUAGAGGCUCUGUGGGGUGUCCCUAUGAAAUAUGUGGCUGCAGGGGGCUGGCACUCAGCAUGCAUCAGUGCUGGUGGAGAUCUCUAUGUGUGGGGCUGGAAUGAGAGUGGUCAAAUAGGCCUUCCAUCAAAAGGUGUCAAGGACCAGAGUCAGAGAGCACCAAACACUGAGAAAGGUGAAUUGGUAGUGAAUAAAAGAGAAGAUAGUGUGUUCAUCUCAAUACAAGCCUUCCCUGCCCUUGUGGAUGUUCCAGAAGUGACUGAGAUCAGCAAGGUCAGCUGUGGAUCCCGCCAUACAGCUUCCAUUACAAGCUCUGGAAAUCUCUACACCUGGGGAUGGGGUCACUAUGGCCAGUUGGGUCAUGGUUCAAAAUGUAGUUCAGAUGAACCUAAAGUUGUGGAGUACUUCUCAAAUGGUGGAAUGAUCGUAGAAGAUGUUGUCUGUGGGCUGUGGAACACAUUUGUUUCUGCUACUCCAAGGGAGCGUUCCCCCUUAUGACCCACACACAGGCCUGUAUCUCCUACUGAAGACCCUACCAUUUUGAAGUGGACAGUCAUCAACACAGGUAUAAGAACAUGCUUUUAUUAAAUAUAUGCAAAUAGAUCUCUAAAAUACAAGUUAGAAAGAUUAGUGGUUUUAUAGAGAAUAUGUACAAAUAUUUUCAAUUACAUAAAAGUAGAAAUACUGACACAAAGGAUGCAGUUGAAAUGAA